AUGAGUUUUGAUACUGAUGAUGCCAUGGACAUUUGGAACAAUGGUUCCGAGCUGCAAGAAGUGCUACAGAGAACAGGGACAAAUAACUCCAACUUAAACGCCACAAAUGUGACUGAGACCCACGAAACAAGCUCUUUCACGCUUUCAAGGGCCGUGCCACUUGGCAUGGUCCUCGGCGCCUUCAUAGUAUUUGCUAUAGUUGGGAAUAUACUUGUUAUUCUGUCUGUUGUUUGUAACAGACAUUUGCGUAUCCCAACAAACUAUUUUAUCAUAAAUUUAGCUAUUGCUGACCUGUUGCUGGGCACUACCGUUCUACCAGUGUCUGCCACUUUGGAGAUUCUUGACUCCUGGGUUUUCGGUAGAAUAUUUUGUGACAUAUGGGCUGCAGUGGAUGUUUUAUGUUGCACCGCAUCCAUCAUGAGUUUAUGCGUAAUAUCUAUUGACCGUUACAUCGGAGUGCGCUAUCCGCUGCAAUACCCAACCAUUGUAACAGAGAAACGAGCAAUUUUUGCCAUGCUUGGUGUGUGGGCUCUUGCUAUUGUAAUAUCCAUUGGACCUUUGCUGGGGUGGAAAGAACCUCCUUCAGAUGAUGACACAAUUUGCCCUAUUACUGAGGAGCCCUUUUAUGCCCUUUUUUCCUCUUUGGGUUCAUUUUACAUUCCAUUGGCAGUUAUCCUUGCCAUGUAUUGCCGCGUGUAUAUUGUUGCUAAACGGACCACUAAGAACUUAGAGGCAGGUGUAAUGAAGGAACGGAUGGAUUCGAAUGAGCUUACACUUCGGAUUCACUAUAAAGGCUCCAACACACAAGAGGAUUGCAGUGGCACGUCAAAGGGUCAAGCCAGGAGCUCAUUGACAGUGAAGCUAUUAAAGUUCUCUCGAGAGAAGAAAGCUGCUAAAACACUCGGAGUCGUGGUGGGCAUGUUUAUUUUAUGUUGGCUACCAUUUUUCCUCGUAUUACCAAUUGGCUCCUUCAAUGCCAGCCUGCGUCCACCAGAGACCUUCUUUAAAGUGAUAUUCUGGCUGGGAUACUUCAACAGCUGCCUGAAUCCCAUCAUCUACCCUUGUUACAGCCGCGAGUUCAAGCAAGCCUUCAUCCGCAUCCUCAGAUGUCAGUGCCACCACAGAAGACCCCGUGGGCUGAGGGCGUACAACUACCGCUCCAACCUGGGCUCCUCCAACCACGCCUAUGUCGGCAUUCACUCAGCCUGUUUUAAUGGGAGCCAGCAGACCCUCACUUCCAUUCACCCCAGCCCUGCUUUCGGAACCAAGGCAGUCGUGUCCAAAACGGAGUCGGGCCAGUUACCAGGAUGGGGCCCGUGUUUGUCUUCCUCCUCCUCGUCCAUGUCUGGGAGCCCAUUCCCAGGUGAUGUCCAGUCUGUUGCUGGAAAUGUCUGCCCAGAUAGUAGCAAACCGGGAAGAAUGGCUCUGCUGUUCCCUAGUGAAAAAAAUAACUCUGCCCACCAGUGA